AUGAGCUGGAAAGGAUUCAAAAAGUCGGUGGUUCGUGCACCGCAAACGUUUCGUAGCAAAUUCAACAUUGGAGAACAGACGAAAGAUCCAGUGUAUGAAGAUGCAGGACGACGUUUCAAGUCGUUGGAAACAGAAACCAAAAAACUUUCGGAUGAUUCGACAAAAUACACAGACGCAAUUCGUGGUCUACUGAAUCAUCAAGUAGGAUUUGCAGAUGCUUGCAUAGAAAUUUAUAAUCCUAUUAGCGGGCAAGCUUCUAAUCCAGAGUCGUAUCAUGUAGAAGGAAGUGAAGAGGGAGUUCAGGCAGCCGAGGCUUAUAAAGAUAUUGUACAUGAUUUGGAAUCUAGUUUAGCGUCUGAAUUGGAAGUGAUUCAGUCGCGCAUCGUUGAGCCAGCAGGAGAAUUGCUUAAAAUCAUUCGAGAUGUCGAUAAGUUUCUUACGAAGCGUGAUCACAAACAAAUUGAUUACGAUCGUCAUCGCUCUACCUUGAAGAGGCUGCAGGAGAAGAAGGACCGCUCUCUAAAGGAUGAAAAGCAUCUAUAUGAGGCCGAAACCUCCUUUGAUCAAGCAUCCCAGGAGUAUGAAUAUUAUAAUGAGAUGGUCAAAGAGGAGCUUCCACGUCUUUUCGAGCUUGAGCAAGAGUUUAUCGCUCCUCUCUUUCAAGAUCUUUAUUACAUGCAGCUCAACAUAUUUUGGAUUCUAUAUCAAAAGAUGAGCAACUGCAACAUUCCCUACUUCAAUCUAGAUUUCGACAUUAUUGCCGCGUACGAAAAUAAGCGUGGCGAUGUCAGAGAUCGUACGGAGGCUCUGACCAUUACUCGGUUCAAGACAGCGAAGCCUAGUCACAGGGUUUCUGGCAGCUUUACUGGCCAUUCCUCUCACUCUUCGCCCUCUACUUCUUCAUCCUUUUCCAACAAGCAUGAAGUCGCCGCCAACUCGGACGUUUCUGCUUCCACUGUCGACGGUGAGGCCUCAACUUCAGAAGUCCCCCCUCCUUACACCUCCCUCGGUACCCAUCCCGCCACUGCGGCUGCUGCAAAUGCCCCAGAAAAAUCUUCGUAUCCUUACGCAGAGUCCACAGCUCCUGCUACCUCAGCUCCUCCUGCCCCGCCUGCUCCACCAGCAAAGCCAAAGCUUGCUAUUCCAUCAACAGAAUAUGUCACUGCUGUGUAUGAUUAUACAGCUCAGGCUGCCGGUGAUUUAUCUUUCCGCGUGGGUGAUCGCAUUGAAAUUGUUUCACGAUCUGAUAAUCAAAACGAAUGGUGGAUUGGCCGUGUGCACGGGUAUGAAGGUCAGUUCCCGGGUAAUUAUGUUCAGUUAAACCAAAUAUCCUAA